CUUUUGUGCAAUUCCUACAGCGCAGCCCCAGCAAUGCCUCCUAAGAAGUCCGUCGCAAUACCCGUUCGCAGUGACGGGUUGGCCGGCGAAAAGGUCAUUGUCACUGGUGAAGUCAAAGGCCAGACUCGCAGUUCUGCUGCGCAAGUUUUGAAGGAUGCCGGUGCGACGAUUGAGAAGAGCCUCAACAAGAAAGUGACGCUCCUGGUGGUUGGAGAGAAGCCAGGCGAAGAGAAGCUCGCAAAAGCCGAAGAUCUUGGAUGCAAAGUGGUAACAUGGGAUGAAGUGAUGGAUGACAUCAAGAAAGGAGGAAACGACGAUGAUGCGGAAGAGACUGAAGAUGAGGAAGAAGAAUCCGAGGUCGAAAAGCCAAAGCCCAAAUCGACCAAGGCAACUCAAAAGAGUACAGCGAAAACAGCACCUAAAGCUGCUACCAAAACCGCCUCCGCAAAAGCAGCCCCCAAAUCCUCAGCCAAACCCGCAGCCAAAUCUAAAACUCAAUCUAAAUCUUCAGUCUUAUUGGAUGGCAAGACAGUUAUCGUCACUGGUACUGUACCUGGACACGAACGCAAGGAAGUCUCAAGUAUACUGGAAGAUGCUGGAGCAACCGUUGCCAAGUCUUUAAACAAGUCUGUCGAGCUUGUCAUUAUCGGUGUGAAGCCUGGACCCGACAAGUUGAAGAAGAUUAACGACAUGGGCAUUGAAACCAUCGAAUGGGACCAAGUAGCCGACGAGCUCGGUCUUGAGGUUGCACCCCAGGUAAAAAUCGCUGAAGUUAAGCCUGGAAAAGCACCAGGAUCUAUCGAUGGGAUGACCCUGCUCAUCACGGGUGAGAUUGAUGGACAUACGCGAUCAUCGGCGCAGAAAGUGCUAGCGAAAGAGGGGGCAAAGUUCGCGAAAUCGCUCACAAAUGCUGUUGAGAUGGUUGUUCUGGGGGUUAACCCUGGCCCGGAUAAACUAGAGUCAAUUAAGAAGAAGGGGAUUGAGACUUGCAAUUGGGACGACUUAGUCAAAGAGCUGGGUAUAGAGGAUGGUGCACCGCCAAAGAAGAAGGCGAGGAAGAGCUAG